UGAACAGUAUAUAAUAUACUACUCUUCUCUCUCUGUCUGUCUUCUACUACCGUUUUUUUCUCUUCUCCAUUGCUACCUUUCUUCGUUCUCACCAACCCCAAUGGAUUUUUCUUCUACUUCGAUCUCUCACUUCAGAGUCUCUGCGAAUUCCUUCCUCUCUCAAUACGAACCACUUGCUCUGCUUCUCGUUCCUCUGCUUUCUCUCUUUCUCGCUCACUCGCUUCGCUCCUUCUUACGCCUCCUCUCCGAGAACGGGCUCAAAGCCACGCUCCUAGGGUUUAUCAUGAACGCCGUCAAAUUGGUUCCUGGCGUGAAGGGAUACAUAGAUGCCGAAAAACAGAAGGUUGUGGAUAAGUUGCAAUCUGAUAGCAAAUCUAAAAGAGAAGGUUGGAAUACAGAGUUACCAAGCACAGGAUUAGGGACGUCUGUCCUUGAGAAAAUGAGUGAGGAAAAAAAUAAUGAUCCGGUCUGGCAAGGCAAAUGCUCCGGUACAGUUUACAUUGGAGGAAGUGAAUCUGAUGGACAUUUUUCUGUGAUAAACGAGGCAUGUUCAAUGUUUGCACAUACCAAUCCCCUGCAUUUGGAUGUAUUCAAGAGUGUUGCACGUUUUGAAGCAGAAGUGGUUGCAAUGACAGCGGCACUUCUUGGAAGCAAGGAAAAUAGUUCUGGAGGACAAAUAUGUGGCAACAUGACAUCGGGCGGGACAGAAAGUAUAUUAUUAGCUGUCAAAACAUCUCGUGACUAUAUGAAAUCUAAGAAAGGAAUUACAAGACCUGAAAUGAUUAUUCCCUUGUCUGGACACUCAGCAUAUGACAAGGCUGCACAGUAUUUUAAUAUCAAACUAUGGCGUGUACCAGUUGACAAGAAUUUUCAAGCAGAUGUGAAAGCGAUUCGACGUCAUAUUAACAAAAAUACCAUCCUGAUUGUUGGAUCUGCUCCUGGGUUUCCUCAUGGAAUAAUUGACCCCAUCGAAGAACUUGGUCAUCUGGCAUCAAGCUUUGGUAUUUGUUUCCAUGUGGAUCUUUGCCUUGGUGGCUUUGUAUUACCAUUUGCUCGUGAGCUUGGGUACCCCAUUCCACCUUUUGAUUUUUCUGUUAAAGGCGUUUCUUCAAUAUCAGUGGAUGUACAUAAAUAUGGUUUAGCUCCCAAAGGAACAAGUAUAGUUCUUUAUAGAAACCAUGAAAUCAGAAAGCAUCAAUUUGUUGCCGUUACCGAGUGGUCUGGUGGGUUGUAUGUGUCUCCAACCAUAGCUGGAAGCAGGCCUGGAAGUCUGAUUGCUGGUGCCUGGGCAGCAAUGAUUUCUCUAGGGAAAGAAGGUUACUUGAGAAAUACAAAAGCAAUUAUGGAAGGGUCAAGAAGAAUACAGAAAGGCAUAGAGGAGAUUGCUGAGUUGUUUAUUGUUGGAAAGCCUGACAUGACAAUCGUGGCUUUUGGUUCAGAUGUUCUUGAUAUAUUUGAAGUCAAUGAUAUUAUGUCAUCCAAAGGGUGGCAUUUGAAUGCAUUACAGAGACCCAACAGCCUCCAUAUCUGUGUUACACUACAACAUGUGCCAAUUGUUGAAGACUUUCUGAAUGAUUUGAAGGAAUCUGUGAAAACUGUGAAAGCAAAUCCAGGUCCAAUAAGUGGAGGCCUGGCACCUAUAUAUGGCGCCGCAGGGAAGAUGCCAGAUCGAGGCAUGGUCCAGGAAUUGCUGGUAGAUUAUAUGGACGGUACCUGCUAAUGCCAUUCAACAUUUGUUUCAGAUUUUUCAGGCAACAUCUACUGUAGUGGACCUUGAUAAUAUCCAUUUUUAUUGCGUAUUCUUUUCAUAUUUAUCAUAAAUUUAAACGCUGAAUUUAAAUCAAAAUAAAAUAAGGCUUUUUUGUUUGUCAUUGUA